AGUAUAAUAUAAAAGCUGAGAUAUCAAAAGCUGAUUCUCUUUACAGAUAUCCAUCACUAUUCUUCUCAUCUUCCUUUUCUUCUUUCAAUACCAAACGGAAAUUCGAAAUUGGCGGUGGGUGCUUUGUCGUUGCUGUCCUCUUCGAAUCCUUCUCUCUGCCACGAACAAUAGAGAAGGAACAACAAACACACACUCCAAUGUCCAAAAGAUUCAGAGAGAGAAAUUGUGGUGGUGGUGAUCAAUUUGAGCAUUGGAUUGCUGUCUGUAUCAUGGAUGGAGGAGGUGUUUGAUUCCCUUUGGUAGGUUCCGUCGAAUUUUCAGCUUUUCUUGCUAUUUAGCGGCCAAAGAUGCAAGAGGAAGCUUGCGAUCCCGACGUCUGCACCUCAUCUCCUCGCAUUUCAUCCCAGUUGAGACUUUCUGAGGGAUUCAUUGUUGUGGACCUCAUUCCAUCUAGAACUAAUUUCUGUACAAUUAAACUUGAUUUGAUAUGGGAAACGGGAACAAUGGUUUUGAUGCCAGUCUUCAGGGGACAGAUCAAGGUGCAGUAUUACGGAGCGGAAGAGAAAUCCUUUUCCAGGCUUUCAACUGGGAGUCUCAUAAGCAUCAUUGGUGGAGUAACUUAGAAAGAAAGGUUCCUGAUAUCGCGAAGUCCGGAUUUACAUCAGCAUGGCUGCCACCAGCAACCCAUUCCUUUUCACCAGAAGGCUAUCUACCACAAAACCUUUAUUCUCUCAAUUCUGUGUAUGGAUCUGAGCAUCAAUUGAAAGCUUUACUUCAAAAAAUGAAGCAAUACAAAGUUAGAGCAAUGGCUGACAUAGUUAUUAAUCAUCGAGUUGGGACUGUCAAGGGGCAUGGGGGAAUGUAUAAUCGUUAUGAUGGAAUUCCAUUAUCUUGGGAUGAGAGAGCUGUUACAUCUUGUACUGGUGGAACGGGUAACCAAAGCACCGGAGACAACUUCCAUGGUGUUCCAAACAUAGAUCAUACCCAACAUUUUGUUAGAAAGGACAUCAUUGGAUGGCUACAGUGGCUUCGCAAUAGUGUUGGCUUCGAAGAUUUUCGUUUUGACUUUGCAAGAGGUUAUGCGUCAAAGUAUGUGAAGGAAUACAUUGAGGGGGCAAAGCCCAUAUUUUCUGUUGGGGAGUACUGGGAUUCUUGCAAUUACAGUAGUUACAGCUUGGACUACAACCAAGACAGUCACAGGCAACGGAUUAUAAAUUGGAUUGAUGGCACUGGACAGCUUUCAGCUGCAUUUGACUUCACAACAAAGGGGAUUCUUCAGGACGCAGUUAAAGGAGAACUAUGGCGUUUGCGUGAUCCUCAAGGAAAGCCGCCUGGUGUAAUGGGAUGGUGGCCUUCAAGGGCUGUCACGUUCAUUGAUAACCAUGACACUGGGUCAACACAGGCUCAUUGGCCCUUCCCAUCUAGUCACAUUAUGGAGGGUUAUGCGUACAUUCUGACACAUCCAGGACUACCCGCCAUCUUUUAUGACCAUUUUUAUGAUUGGGGCGACUCCACGCACAACCAAAUCGUGAAGCUGAUGGACAUUAGGAGAUCUCAAAACAUUCAAAGCCGAUCUUCAAUAAGGAUUCUGGACGCCCAACCCAAUCUCUACUCGGCCAUAAUCGGUGAGAAAGUGUGCAUGAAGAUAGGCGAUGGGUCUUGGUGCCCAGCUGGUAAAGAGUGGACACUAGCAACCAGUGGGCACAGAUAUGCAGUCUGGCACAAAUGAUGUUAUCCCUAAUAGCUACAUAAGAGUUACAUACUAUUAAUGUUCUUUGUAUUAAUAAAGUGGAUGUGCAUCCAGUUCCCAGUGUAGUAUUGGAAACUUUAUCACCAAAUAUUUAUCAGCUUAUAUGAUCUA